CGGUGUCUCGAGUCGGUCAGUUCCCCAUUGUUAGGCGUUUUCAAAAUUCGUAAUUUCCCUUUUCCUCAAUGACGAUGGGUGAUAUGAUAUAUGAAGAACUGGAGGAUUUGAUGCAUUUUUCAGUCCACGAUUUACCAGGUCGUGGAUAUGCUGUUAUGGAGGAGAUCAGAAGGCAAGGGAAACUCUGCGAUGUCACCCUGAAGGUUGGAGACCACAAGUUCAGCGCCCACAGGAUUGUUCUGGCUGCCUCCAUCCCUUACUUCCAUGCCAUGUUUACAAAUGACAUGGUAGAGUGCAAGCAAGAUGAGAUUGUAAUGCAAGGGAUGGACCCUAGUGCACUUGAAGCUUUGAUCAAUUUUGCGUAUAAUGGCCAUGUGGCCAUCGACCAGCAGAACGUCCAGUCCCUGCUGAUUGGAGCCAGCUUUUUGCAGCUGCAGAAUGUCAAGGAUGCCUGCUGCUCCUUCCUCCAGGAAAGACUUCACCCUAAGAACUGUCUGGGCGUGCGACAGUUUGCAGAGACCAUGAUGUGCACGACACUGUACGACGCGGCCAACAGUUUUGUCCACCAGCACUUUGUGGAGGUGUCCGUGUCUGAGGAGUUCCUCGGUCUCAGGCCAGAGGAAGUACUGGAGCUGGUGGGUUGUGACGAACUCAACAUCAAAGCGGAGGAGCAGGUGUUUGAAGCAGUUCUUGCGUGGGUACGGCAUGAACGCGAGGAUCGGGAACCUCGGCUCCCUGAGUUGCUCUCCAAGACCCGUCUGCCCCUUUGUCGACCCCAGUUCUUGGCAGACCGCGUUCAACAGGAUGAGCUGGUGCGCUUUUGCCACAAAUGCAGGGAUCUUGUUGAUGAAGCGAAGGAUUUCCACCUCAUGCCAGAGCGCCGUCCUCACCUGCCCGCUUUUAAGACUCGACAAAGAUGCUGUACUUCAAUCGCAGGGCUAAUAUAUGCAGUCGGUGGACUAAAUAGUGCAGGUGACUCAUUGACUGUAGUUGAAGUAUUUGACCCAAUUGCAAAUUGCUGGGACCGCUGUCAGCCAAUGAGUACAGCUCGAAGUCGAGUGGGUGUGGCAGUUGUCAAUGGGUUACUUUACGCAAUCGGUGGAUAUGAUGGACAAUCACGGCUAAGCACAGUGGAGGUCUAUAACCCAGAAACGGAUACUUGGACAUGUGUUGCUAGCAUGAACAGUCAACGCAGUGCAAUGGGAACAGUGGUGGUUGACGGACAUAUCUAUGUGUGCGGGGGCUAUGAUGGCAAAUCCUCACUCAACUCAGUAGAGUGCUACUCUCCAGAAGCCAACAGGUGGACAGUAAUGACAGAGAUGAGUGCAAGUCGCAGUGCAGCUGGGGUGACUGUUUAUGAUGGAAGGAUUUUUGUAUCUGGGGGUCAUGACGGUUUACAGAUCUUCAAUACGGUGGAGUACUACAACCAGCACACAGCCCUUUGGCACCCCGUUGCUGGCAUGAUGAACAAGCGCUGUCGCCACGGCGCUGCAGCCCUUGGCAGCCAGCUCUAUGUGGCGGGGGGUUAUGAUGGCUCCGGGUUCCUCAGCGGGGCCGAGGUGUACAGCUCGGUGGCAGACCAAUGGAGCCACCUGGUGGCCAUGAACACACGGCGCAGCAGAGUCUCACUGGUGGCAAACUGUGGCAGGCUUUACUCCGUGGGUGGCUAUGACGGACAAUCCAACCUGAGCUCUGUAGAGAUGUACGAUGCUGAGACCAACCGCUGGACAUUCAUGGCACCCAUGGUGUGCCACGAGGGUGGGGUGGGUGUUGGUUGUAUACCCCUUCAGCCUGCUUAACCCCUACCAUCCCCAAAAGCCCAAAGACUUUUAGAUUUUUUUUAAUGAAUUUUUAAAUCAAUUAACAAGAAAAAUUUAUAACUGUAUGUUUCUGUAUACCAGGUACCACAGUUCAAACCAUUUGAUUUAUUUAAGUCUGGUUUAGCCAUUGUACCAUUUGAAAGGUUUAUAAUGAGAAUGUUCAUAGGGCAUUAGUACAUGAGUAAACAUAUGUUGGGAUUCAGUUGCGUAGUUUGUAGGGAUACAGAGGCUGGGGUUUUGGGAUGGCCGGAGGUAACUGCCCUGACCAUUAGGCUCUAAGCUCCUAUAAAUGAACUUGUAAUGAACAAGUAGAUUUAGAGAGSGAUGAAUGGAUCGCAGGAUAAGUGUGGACUUGUAUCGUAUGAUAUGUGCAUCAGACUUUACAACCUUGAAGUGAUACUACAUACCAGAAUCUGUCCAGAAUGUUACUAUCACUAUCAAUGUCMGCACCAUUGUACUGAGGAUUGAGUUGCACUAUCUGAUCUGGAAGCCUUGUCAUGGUUUCAUAAUAUGGUACAGGUUUCACAAUGUUGGUGAAUUUCUUUGUGUUUUGGGAAAAAAGGUAUUAUUUGGAUUGGGAUCAUUUGUAACUGACCACCAUAACUGCUUGCCCUUUGGGUGUGGGAACUGUUUUCCCAACAAGGAUCCCAGCCAAAGGGAACUGAAGAACUGUCUUCCGGUUGAUUGCAUUACGAUGCCACAACACCAAGUUGUAUAGCAACUUGAUAACCCUUCACAAUGAACAACACAUGAGGUGCGUUCAACAGAGGAAAUUGUUUGCUAACGUUAUCUUAACAUAUUCCGUUUGUUUUCUGUUAGCUGCGAAAGUUGGCUAACAGUGUGAGAAGGUGGUAGUGUGCUGCGAACGUAAACUAUCUGUUUCGGGUCUAAGCCGCCACCACGUAGGCUUUCUAUUGCAUGUAGUAGGAAUAGGAACGUCAUUUUCAGUUUGAUUCUCAUUGCUAAACUGUCCUGGUAAUCCUUACAAACAUUUAGCUUUUUAUUAAUGUUUCACCAGAACGUUCAUUCAAAAUUGUUCAACUUGAGAUUGUUACUAAGUAACAUGUUCGUCACAAACAGAACCCUUGUUGAACGCACCUCUGCUCAAAGUGCAAUUCCAUCUUUUAUUAUACAUUUACAUUUACAUUUAAGUCAUUWAGCAGACGCUCUUAUCCAGAGCGACUUACAAUAGUAUGGGAGAACUUAAGUGGCUAAAAUAUGAUGACGGGUGAUUUGAAGAGUGGCGACAAUGCAUAGCGACGAUGUUACUGCAAAUGUUAUGCUUUAUUACCCAAAAUAUUGAAUAUGUCAAAAGCAGACUGUGUGCAGCACAUUUAGGGAGCGUUCCAGUAACAUUCGGAGGUCUUAUAGCAUCUGCCACUGGUAACGUUGUGUGGGAGCUUGCCAUUCCCUUGGAACAACAGUGGCAAACUAUUUUAAGAAUGAGGUAUUGUGUAAUGUAAUUGAAAAUGGAUUGUACAGUGAGAUGUAGUAUUGCUUGUUUGUCAGACUUUACCUGCUGCAUUUGUCACGAUUUAAAUAACUUUAAUUUGGGAUUAAUUACUGUGAACUUUUGAAAUGUUGAUGUUUUGCUUAUUUCUGCUGAUGUUCUGGUAAUAUAUUACACACACACAUUUUAUAUAUAUAUAUAUAUWUUUUUUUUUUGCAUAAUUAUGUUUGCAGUAUUCUUACUGCUCUUCACUUUUGGUACUGUCUGGUKCCAGGCUACAAAAUUGUAUUUAUUAGUGCAUUUCUUGUUGUUGUUGCUUGAUUCUUAACUGUACAAUUAGUACUACUAUCACAAAUAUGUAAGCUUGAAGGGAUAGUGAUUUUUUUUWAUGACUUCCCUAGGGUGUUGUUCUUUUCUCCAAACCGUUUACGAAUUUGUUAGAUUAUUCUCGACGUUGCUAAAUGAACUUCUGACUAGCAUUUUGGGAGAAUGUAGGAUUCCAUCCGUUAGUAGUGCAUUCAAAACCAUCACAAUUGGUGCAAGUUGAGUUGCAGCCAUUUUUUUUAUAUCAACAGGGACAUCCCAUUGAGACCAUGGCCUCUUUUUAUAAGGGAGCCCUGCACACAAUCAUAUAAAUUCACAAUAUUUACAAUUCCAACGCAAUAAAAACAUACACUAUUUACAAGUAAUUUAAGAAAAGUAACUUACAAAACACGAUCAUGACAAACGAACACAUUCCCUCAGUAAAAAAAGGUAAAUCAACCAGUCGUCUUAACUGCUCUAGUGGCACCAAGACAUCCAACCUGAGAGAGUUCUGGGGAUCAUUCCACAAGUAAGGCGCAAAUAAACGUAACGCAGAUCUACCGAACUCAGUGGACACCGAUGGGCUCUCCAGAGUUAGCCAUCUCUGAGACCGGGUCUGGUCGCUCGUACAUCUUUAGGUUACGAUGAAGUGAGGUACGGCGGAUGUUUGUGUAAGAGCGCUUUAUAAACACAAAUAGUGCAAUGCGUCGAUCGAUGAGACUUCAAAGAGGGCCAGCUUACUUUCUGAUACAGAAAGCAGUGAUAUGUACUGAACCUGUCACCUGUAAAUAAAGCGCAGUGCGCUAUGAG